UGAAGAUAAAGUCUCCUUUUCUUUGGGAAUGAGCUUUGAGUCAAAAAGUGAAGUGAAAGAUGCCAUGGAUAAAUACUCUGUCACCAACAGGUAUCCCUAUUAUUGGGCAAAGAAUUGUGCCAACAUGCUUAGGGCUAAAUGCUCUAAUUUGAACAAGGAAUGUACUUGGAUGGUCUACAUUGCAAUAGACAAUAGGUGUAGCAGUAAGAAGUGGGUGGUCAAGACUUAUCAGAGUGAGCAUAGUUGUAACCCCGGUUGGCAGCUACCCCGUGCCACAGCAAAGUGGUUAGUCAAGAAUUUUUUCAAUACUAAGCCAGGAGUAUGUGAGAUGAAGGUGGCUGCAAUGAAAGAAAUGGUUAAGAGAGAACUGAACUGUGAAGUUUCCUUGGAGCAAAUGAAGAAAGCGAAAGCAAUGCUCAGAAAGUUGGAAAAGGGGGAUAUAGAGGCAGAGUACAAGGAUUUGGAGGAUUACAAGGCUGGAAUUAUGAGGUCAAAUGAAAGAAAUACAUGCAUUCUGCAUGUGAAGCAGCCCACUAAAAUUUUUGACAGAUUUUAUGUAUCUUUUCAUGCCUGCAAAAAGGGAUUCCUCGAGGGAUGUAGAAGACUAAUUGGAAUUGAUGGGGCGCUUUUUUGAAGUCUGAAGUGAAGAGAGAAAUUCUUACAGUUGUGGGAAGGGAUGCCAAUAACCAGAUGUUUCCAAUAGCAUGGGCAGUUGUGGGUUCUGAAACAAAAUCCACAUGGAAGUGGUUUCUUGAAAAUCUAGGUAGUGAUCUAAACAUAGGAAGAGGAGAUGGUUGGGCUUUUGUUUCUGACCAACAAAAGGGAUUAAUGCCUGCUUUGUAUGAGACAUUUCCAGAUGUUGAGCAUAGAAGAUGUGCGAGACACAUAUAUGCAAUAUGGAGAAGAGGCC